GACAUUGGAUUGGCACGAACGAUUUUGUGGCGCUCAUCCUCUGAAAGCGAGAACUCCGCCGCUGUGUGUUGUGUGUUUGUGGGGAAGCCGCAGCAGCAGCAGUAUGGUGGUAGUGAGCAUGAAGGUGGCUGCUGCUGUCUGGCGGCUGCCUGUCAGGGUCCGCGGGGCCCGGGGCUCGCUACGCCGGACCUGCUCACGACGCUGACGUUGCACUGACGUGACGCUGUUUACGUCGUGACAUGCUGCGCGUGUGCUGAGGGGGUACAUGGAAGGUGUCGGGCGAAGGUUAACGAGAACCCUUUCAACCCCGAAACGCUGCGUCACCUGCAACAAGAUGGUUUAUUUCACGGGCAUACGCUGCAAGCAGUGCGGGAACAUAUCUCACGAAUCCUGUGCCAACCAUACUCCACACUGGUGCACUGCAACGACGGUUCCUGUGCGCCGAAACAGCCAUCAAUUGUCUUUGGAAAGCGACGAACAAGAAGACGACCAGAAAUGGCGCUACUCGAGCCUGGGCCACGAAGUUGUGACUGUGAGUCCAUACCUCGACCAGCACUUUGUGUUCAGUCCCGUGGGUAUCCAGCCACCGUCCUCGCCCUCCCCAUACCUGCAACCUCCUCCCACGCCCACCCCUUGCACCCAGUAUUCCGGGAAACCCCCCAAGUCCCCUACAUCCCCAACCUUUGCUGUGACUGGGUUGCUCAAGGUGGUUCAUUGGCUUUCCCAAAAACGGAAAAACCGUGACCCCAUCAGCAAGGCCAACACUGCGGACAAACCUGCCAAGUCUCGCUUUGGGCUACACCAUGAAAAGGCAGAAGAAAAAUUUGUGCGCAAGAAGCUCAAGUCCAUCAUGAAAAGCACUGCAAAGGCUCCAUGCCACAUUCCCAGUCAGACGCCUCUCUGCACGUGUCCUCACCGAAGAGUUCCACUCGGAAGUAGCCGAGGCAUUUUGUCUCCAAACGGAAGCCUGUCUUCAAGCGGCUAUGUGUCGUCUUCGGCUUCGUCCGCAGUUCAGACGCCCUCAGACCCAGAGCUGGAUGCAAGGCGAGGAACCCACGAAGGCUGCAGGCUCCACCCGCACGGAAGGCUUAGCAGACAGCACAUGGCCAUCAGUGAACACGGCCGGUCUGGGAGGCAGUGGAUGGCUACCAAAGCACGGACACUUAGCAUCGAGACCAAACCCACCGAAGUGGAAAAGUUGUGUGCAACGUGGCCUCCUCCUGGAAGACCUACCAGUGGUUCAGAUAGCUUUAUUGAGGAGCCUGAGUCCAGCUACGAGGAUGGGGAUGCUCAAGACAAAUCAAAAAACCCGUGCAGAGACAUCAAGGAAACGCUGGGAGAAUGGUGCAUUCCGUAUAGUGACCUCGAGUUCCAGGAGAAGUUACGGCAUGGCAGGCAAAGCGCUAUCUACAGGGGCCGGUGGCACGGUGAAGUACUCAUCUACACUUUCAACCAGUCACGAGAAGAGGAAGUAUCUGAAUUCUGGGAGGAUGUCAGCAAGCUCAGCCUGAUCAGGCACGAAAACAUCGCCCUUUUUAUGGGUGCGUGCGUGGAGCCGCCGCAUCUGGCUAUCAUCACAAGUAUGAAGAAGGGCCCCUCCCUGUUUGAGCACAUACACAUAAAGAGGCAUCAUCUGUCCUCUCACACCAAGGUCAAUGUGGCAAGACAGAUAGCGCAGGGCAUGGGAUAUCUUCACGCAAAGGGCAUCGUGCACAAGAACCUCACUUCCAAAAACGUCAUCCUGGAGAGUCGUGUUAAGGUGUGCAUCAUGGACCAGGGCAUGGCCGAGAUGGGACGGGACGUGGCCCACUGCGGCUGUCUCUCCAGGGGCCACCUCACCUACUUUAGCCCAGAACUGAUGUGCCAGCUACGUAUUGAACCUCCAUGUGUGUUUUCUGCACAAGGCCCCUCACAAGAGUCGGACGUCUACGCCUUUGGAACUGUGCUCUACGAACUGAUUGCGGAGAAGUUUCCCUUCCGUGGCCAGCACCCCCAUUGCGUCAUUUGGCAGAUUGCAUCGGGGCAGCAGCAGUCCCUGAAUGACUUGCAGUGCAGUAGCAGCUUAAAGACAUUAGUUCAUGAGUGUUGGUUCAAGGCACCUGAAGCGCGGCCCACAUUCUCCUCCAUCGGCCGGCAGUUGCAAGAAAAUGUCACACUUCACAGAAGACACAGUUCUUCAGAACCAGAUCGUCUCCACCACUCUGGCCUUCCCGUCGGUAGAACAAGCAUCUGUUCGUAGACGCCUUUUCUGCAAUAAUGUUCAAGCUCUGCAUGGGGUAUUUUGCCACACUGGGGUGCAAGAACUGACUGAACCAAAGAGCCCGGUGACCAAGAUUUCCCCUUCAGACCAAGACUGUUGUGUGUGCGUGUGCGAGAGACACACCCUAUGCUGGCACUACAGAACUAUCAAUGUUGCACAUUCCAUUGUUUCCAGCUGCAUGCGCUGGUGUUUUUGAAGUACCUGAAGAGAUGGACAUCAGCAUGUUUCCGUAUUUGUGCAUUACUUUUGACGGGUCUUCAGCUCAAAGGAGCUGAGCUUUCUGCACGUGCUGUACACUUGUUGGUAGUGGGCUUGUCCUGAUGUUAAAGCCAGCAAAGAUCGCAAGAGAUACCUUCAUCAUUCUUUCCAGUUUAUGUGUUACGAGAAAUUGGCACAGUGUUGUCAACAGGAGCCAGUCGGCUCGACAGUUAAUUUGGACGGUAACCUCUCGUUCCGCAGUGCCACAACACAACGGGAAACUCCGUUCUUUUUUGUCCCCCCCACUUCCUAGUCAACGCGUAUACUUGUGUCUGUGUCGCAUCCCAACGGUCCCCAGUAGCUGUGAGACAACACAAACUUUAAGUAACAGCUGUUUUAAGCUGUUUGUCUGCCUUAAGCGCUCUGAAGAAGGGAGGGAGAGAUGAGCGUAGAUACACUGUGUAUCAACAUUGUGAAUAUUAUACUAAUCCCUUUUGGUCUGCCCUGCCCCCUCUUCAGUAGUGUUAAUGUAGGCAUUUCUAUUGCCAUAUGUAUGUGUGUGUGUGCGUGUGUGUACACUGAGCAAACUACCGUGAAAGCAAUGCAACAAUGACUGUCAUCUACCUUACAUUUGUAAAGCCAUACUUUUUGCAGGUUGGCACAGUCGGAUCGUGUGCCAACCUGCUUACGUGUCGUUUGGUCUGUCUCAUUUCACUGUUUUCUACGCAGCUACAUUAGAUGCAUUUUUGAAUACUCAAAAUUGUCAUACUAUACAUAUAGCCUGAAUACAGUCUGCACGUUGUUUUUGACUACACACGACGAAUUACUGCAUCUCCCUGGCCCCAGGCAAUUACUGUGUGUUGCAUUUAUAAAGAUCUGUCUGUCACAUAUAAAUUUAAUCGCAGGAUUAAUAUUGACAUUGGAUCCCACCUUUGAUUUUUUUUUUUUAUAACAUGCACAGUGUGCAGAUGAGUGCUGUAUUAGUGGUUACUUUCACAAUUCGUGUUCCACUGCAGAAAGCCUUUCACCGUACAGGCCGUUUGGAACUAUACAACUUUUGUAUACCAUAAAACUGGAUCCCUUUUUUAUGUUCAGGCUUGAGUCACGCUGCAUGUAACAUAUCCAUGUAUUCAUACGAGCGACAUUCUCCACAAUAGUGUAGUGGAAGAUGUGCAGAACACCACAGCUUGCUGCUGCCAUGUGAUUGUGAGCACUCAGCGUCAUGUUUUUUCAUGCUCUGCUGACCAUGCUGACGACACCAUUUGCCCCAGUCGUCUGCUAGGGAAUAUCUUGUGGCUGAGUGACAGGAUAUUCCGUAGCAGACGACCGGCCCAAAGGCGUCGUCUGCUAUCUGAGCAGAGUAUACAAUAUUCCGUGAGGGUGUCGUUUGUGUGAACAUGUGGUACUUGUGUGGUUCCUAACACAGUUUUCACAGCCAGUUUCCUACUGCAGCUUCUUAAAUCAGUAAUUCUGUGGCCUUUAGCUUAGAGCUUACUUUAAAGACUAUCAAAGGAGAUGUAUACUUGGGGAAAGAGCAGAAAGGAGUAGCACAAUUAUACAGGUAAUUUGUGUUGCAUAGAACCACAGUCUUUGUAUGGCCAUGGCAAAUUGUAAACUGCUGUACCUGUCUACAGUGCGAUCAAAUUAUGCAAGUAUGCAGACAGCAUCUUGUGGGCACGACUUGUGCAUACAGCCCAUUCUGCCUGCUGCAGCUUUUGUCAGAGGCUACAACCAGCGAUGGCUGCUCCCUAAACGUACUGCACUGAGAAAUACCGAGACAUCGACUGUGCCCGCAGCAGAUGCAAGAAAAAUGGGAAAGCACCACGGGCGAAUAAUGCUGCGGAUAUUUUACUAUGGGUAGAAUAGCUUUUAUAAUCUCUGUGUCAUCAUUCCUUGUAAAUAAAGACAUGCUCUACAUGCUGA